AUGACCGGUCGCCCGGUGCACCCGCAUUCUCGUCGAGGGAUCCAAUCCGAGUCGCAAAUUGAGGACGACACGAGCGUCGGACGCUUCGACGACGAUUCAGAGCCCGCCACCAGGGUCGAGAUCAAAAGAAGCUCAGAGCAGGGGAUACACCGUCUAGCGUACCCGCUGACGUGGAGCCGAACGUCUGUCACGACAAUUGAAGCACCCAAAGACACAAUUGCCAACGACCGCAGAGUUAGCUUUGAGUCUGACAGGUCCCGAAAUGCAAAACAAUGCCUCUCCGCUCAAUUCUCCUCAUUGCCUGGCGUCGGUCUCCCUGUCAGACUUGUCUUUGGAGCUGGAUCCAGAAACACAGUUCGAGACGCCUUUUGCCGGUUUGAAUACCGGAGCUAG